ACUGCCAUUCUAGUCGAAGAACUCGCGAACGUCGGAGAAACUUGCUAACAGUUGAACACCGCAACAGUAAUGAAGAAAAUAUUGCUGGCCACAACUUUGCUAUUGGUAUGCGAAAAUAUUUUGAUGGAAAACAGCCCAUGUCGUCUCUUAGAGACGGCAUGGCUUUGUGACAAGCAACUAUGGAAUAGAAAAAUAAAGCGAAUACCACGGGCGGAUAUUCCUUUCAAAAUAGAAGAAUCCUUAAAUUAUGACGACAACAGACAGUUUCCUCGAAUUUCGGAUACAAGAUUCAUUAGCGAAUCAAGAAAACUGCCCCCAAUGGCAAUCAUCAGACGGCAUGAUUUGGCACGGUUUGAUUUAUCUUCCGAUAAAUCAAAACUUGACAGCGCCAAACCAAGAGUUUUAAUCUCCAUCGGCAUACAAGAAGAGAAGAACGCCGGUUACGAUCUACAAGAAAAUUGCUCAACAAGGAAAAACGAUUGUAAACAAAACUGGCAGGUUCAACAACCAUUCUACGUAGAGGAACCAAGGUGGGUUGACAUUGAUGUCGAUUACAUAGACUCUUCGAGUAUAGAUAAUAGUGAUCCUUACGUAUUGACACGAGGAAAGAAAAUUUAUAGAAUUAACGAUCCGGAACAAGCAAGGAAAACUAUAGAAGCGACUCUCGAUUAUCCAAAUAAAAACAAAAAACUAUUGAUAAAAAGUCGAGUGAGAAGAUUUGCCGAGACGAACGAAGGAUCUCAGGAUAAAACAGCCGAAAAGGAUAAACAGAUAAAAGAAAAAAAUUACUACGAUUCUUUUAAAGAUAUAGACAGAGAUGCAAAUAAUACUGUGAUCAUCGAAAUGGAAAAUACAUUCGAGAAACCUCUCAAAAUUGAUAAAUUAUCAGAAGAUGAAAAGACGGAGAGUACAAAUUAUGUCUUUAAUAAAAAAUAUGAAAAAGCUGAUUUAAAGAAUUUAGCGAAAAGAUCGUCGCGUGAUUUCACAAAGCAAAAUCAAAUUUCUAGAAAUAAUCACGGUAUAAUUACGAAAUUUAUUAAGCAAAAAGAGAAAAUACAGCGCGAAGAUAUUCUUAAUGAUACUGAUGGCAGUAAAAUUGAGAAAAUCGAUCAAGUAAACAGAUUUAAUAAUAGAAAAAGUCAUUUUGCUAUUAAUAAUAUAAAUAAAAAGUUUAUGUUAUUGAAAAAUCAAGAACUUCCUAAAACCCGUAAAAAACGAGAGAUCUAUGACACUAAUUUUAAGGAAAAUGUCGAAAAAAAUGAAACCGAAACAUACGAGCCAAUGAAGAAUAAAGAUUAUGUUGAAAAGCUGAAUGAUUUAGGUACAUCUGAUAAUCGUUUUAUUUUAUCUCAAAAUAAAGAUUUGAUUAAUGGCGGAAUAGAAGGCUUGAAUAAGAUAGACACAGAUCGUAAUAAAUUCAACGAAAAAACAUGGAAACUUUAUUAUGCAUAUCGUAAGAAAUUAGAAGAAAGCGAAGGGGAAGCGAAGAAUAAGGAAAAUAAAUCUGAAAUUAAUAAUAAUAUUGGAGUAACAGAUUCACAAUUAAUAAACGAGUACAACUCGAAAAAUUCCAAAAGAAAGAUUUUGAAUGAUCGAGAAAAGCGUAAUAUUUGCAAAGACUGUCAGAUUACGUCGGAGUUUCAAGAAAACGAAAGAUUAAAGGAAAUUGAGAAGAAAAUUCAACUGUCUUUAGAGCGAAGAGACAAGCACAGUGAUAUUUUAGAACAUCUAAGUCAAAGCGAGCCUUAUAUUAUUUCCCGAGGUAAAAAAACGUCGCAAGAUUUCGGGAUGGAGGAUCUUUUCUCGUCAAAUCCACGAAAUAUGAAUGACGAGAAUCGCGCUAAAAUGAUAAGCCCGAUUGCGGAGAGUCUAAGAACGCUAUUGACGGAGAUAUCUAGAUGCAACAACGAUAACUUCAACAUUAAAGCGAAUGAAUUGUCAAACCAGCGACUGUCACCGAGAGACCGACGCGGUACGGUCGAUGAAAUCUUGGCUGCAUAUGAUCCGUACUACGUGGUCAGAGGAAAACGAAUGAACCAAAAUCAAAAGAAUGUUUUGUUCGAAACAGAUACGAGGCAAUAAGCCAUAAAAGAUAUGUUCGGCAAGAUAUAACUGUUAGCUUUAUACAUCAAGACAUAAUUGCUAGCGCUCCAAUGAAAAGAACAAGAAGUUGGAAAUAUCUGCCCAAUUUAUUCGACUGAUUUGAGAUUUGACUUGCUUUUAAUUGUGACGAAAAUAUAGCAAUCAUUUUUUCUCAAUUAGUAUACUAAAGCAUGCAAUGAUUAUUG